UGAGUCAGUGAUCCGGGGUCGGCGAUAGGCAUCUGGUCUCCUCGGGAUCCUUGACUCUACUCCUCUGGAUUGUGGGGACAAUCCGCGUGGGACUCCGUGGAAGUUUUGAUGUUACCUGUUGCCCUCCAGCUCUUGCGGCUGGCUGCAUAGCGCACUUGGUUCUUCACAUUCUUUUUUUAACAACCCACGCACCCACUUUAGACACUGGAAUAAGGAGCACUUUAUUGGAGGGGGGGAGUCCCCUACUUAAGGGGUGUCUGCCUCUCGUUUUCUCCUAUUCAACCUGCGCAGAACUGACAGCUGCUUUAUUAAUGUUCCACAAACUACUCUGUGGUCUUCAGGAUGAAUUUCAGGGGUCUGCUGGUGUCUCUGUGGUUCCUUCAUGUAGUCCGUGCUGAGGGGGACCCCAUUCCAGAGGAGAUGUAUGAGAAGAUUGCAAGCGGGUCUGUCAAGUCCAUAUCAGAUAUACAGAGGUUGCUGCAGAUAGAUUCCGUAGAUGUAGAAGAAGAUGUGAACUAUGCAUCUAGGAAUGAAACAAGAGGUUUCCCCAGGGCUAAUUCCAGCCACUCCCGGGUCAUUCGUAGCUUAGAUGUAGAAAUGGCUGCAUUGGCAGAGUGCAAGACAAGGACAGAGGUGUACGAGAUCUCUCGCCAGCUUGUUGACUCCAACAAUGCUAAUUUCUUAAUAUACCCCUCAUGCGUAGAGGUUCAGCGGUGUUCUGGGUGCUGCAUAUCCAUGAACUACAGAUGUGUUCCAUCACGCAUCCACAUCCGACAUGUUAAGGUAAAGAAAAUCAUCAUAGCCCGCCCCAGGAAUAAAAUUGAAAUGGCCACAGUUCCUCUAGAAGACCAUAUGGAAUGCAGGUGUGAGGCUGUUCAUAUCCCAGCAGCAAGAAGCCAACCCAUUCACCAUGAAGCUAAAGGCACAUUAGAUAUACCUGCAACCACUCUGCCUCCUGCUCCUGUAUCUCGAAAAGAACCAUCUCCCCAGAGGCUUUCAAAGAGGAAAAACCGAAAAUUUAAGCAUAUGCCUAGCAAGAAGGAACAAAUGGAUUUACUAGUCACGUAGUAAAGAUAGAAGUAGUCUUUAUGUUUUAUCAGGCUCCAAUGGAAAUGGAACAAAUCUGGCCCCCAUGGGGUCAUCAGAAGGUCAUUUCUGAUUGUCUGCUUCAAUUACUCGUCCCAGUGCUGGUGCUUUAUGGGGGACAACAAAUUGUGCCUUUACACUCCUUGCAGCUCGUUUUUGAUGUCUUCCUGGCAUUGAGAAUAUACAAUACAAAUGUGUUACUAUGGCUAUAACAAGGACUGCAAAAACUACUAAAUGCCAAAAAUUCCUUGCAAAAUUAUGGGACUUAAAUGGAGCAGGAGGAAAGGGACAAAGGCCCCUUUGAACUCACUGGAUGUAUAUUGCCACUUUAUUUAAUUGCCUUUAUUUUGUAUUUUUUUUAAAUAAAUAUAUAUAUAUAUACAUAUUUUUGUAAAAAGUGGUUACUUUUGCUGAACUUGCACGAGGCAGAACAGAGUCUGGAAAAGGGAAUGGAACUGACUCCUAGUGGUUUCUUUUAUUCAUCCCAGUAGCUUUUCAAUAUCCAAAGGUCAAUUCUGGCAAGGAAGAGGUCAACGACUUGCAUAAAAAGUGUUUGUAUUUGAUCUGAUGCCCAUUCCCCUGCCAGAUUUAUGUUCAAUAAAUGUAACCUCCAUUCCUCCCUCCCUUCCCCUCUAGUUUUCCCCUCUGAUGUACUUGUUCAAUUAUCCUUAACGUGUUUCUCCUUAUCUUCGUCGUUAAUUCCUUUCUCUUUGCACACAGCUCUGUAUGUCAAAAAAACUAAAAAAAUAUUUGGAUUAUUAUGUAAAGUAAUUUAUAUUCAGUAUUUAAAUUGUACAAAGCAAACAGACUUCUUUAAUUUGUAUUAA